AUGUGGGAGUGUGUGCUUACUGUAUGUGACUGCAUGGGGAAAGCAAGCCCCACUCACAGCUACGUUUGCGAGAGGAAGGAUUUGCUGGUGAACGGCUGCUGUAACGUGAACGUCCCCAGCACAAAGCAGUACUGCUGUGAUGGCUGCUGGCCCAACGGCUGCUGCAGCGCUUACGAGUACUGUGUCUCCUGCUGCCUGCAGCCCAACAAGCAACUUCUCCUGGAGCGCUUCCUCAACCGGGCAGCUGUGGCAUUCCAGAACCUCUUCAUGGCAGUCGAAGAUCACUUUGAGUUGUGCCUGGCCAAAUGCAGGACCUCAUCCCAGAGCGUGCAGCAUGAGAACACCUACCGGGAUCCUAUAGCAAAGUAUUGCUAUGGAGAAAGCCCGCCCGAGCUCUUCCCCGCAUGACGGGUGCAGCGGACUUGGUCCAGCCCGGGUGAGGAGGCCCUGCUGAAGAACUCGCCUCCUGGGGCCCAGCUUUGGCAAUUGGGACCAGGCUGUGGGAAGAAGACAAAGGCAGGGCGAGGAAACCUUGGCUUUGACCACGUCUCGUGUUGUCAUCCUUGGCUUUGCUUACCACCGGGCUUACCAGAUGGAACUCUUCUGCAUAGCAGCUUGGACCCUCCAGCCCGUCCCGUUUGGGAAAGAUGAAACCACAGGCUGGGCUCGUGGUGGUGUCGGAGUUCUUGGGUGACUCAGCCCUGGGACCUGCACAGGGACCUGUGACUUGUGUUCGUCAAGGGCCGGUGUCACCUCCAGUUUCGAUCCAGGCCCUUUCACUGUAAAAUUAUUUAUUGGAUUCCUUUGGAGCAAUGGGAAAAUUCUAAUGUUUUAUGUAGGAAGAUGCCUUGCCAUUCUAGUGGAAUAUGUUCAAGGAAAUUAUUUUUGUUGUUGGUCUAUGUUCUCAGCUUUCAGGAUUUAAAUCAUUCUUUCACCCAGAUAAAGCAUUUUGUCUUUUAGGACAUGGGUGUUUUCUCUAGGCAGUUAUUUUUGUUUGUAUUUUGACAGUAUCAAGCAUAGGCCCUGAACAUGACCUGUUAGCCAUAUCCUAACGUCUAAAAUUAUCUGAAAACUCACUCUUCCUUUCUAAUCUAACUGCAGGAUUUCUAGCAGUGGGUACUGUGUGCCUGCCCUCAGGUUCUUUUCUAGUGGCAGUUGAAUGUGCUCAUAUACCCUAUGGAGAGCACUGUUUUAGCAGAAAUCUAAUUUCUUAUCCUGGAGGAAUUUGUUCUCAUUUCUUUUGCCAUUUAAAAUUAACUGUGGGCUGCUCAGGGGGAGCCUCAGGAGGGUCAGAGGCUCCUCCUCCCGUUCUGUCAAUAGAAACCUAGUGUUGAGGCAAUCCCUAAACAGACUCACCUCGCAGCUGUGUGUUUAUUCUUUAUUGCUUUCAGCUUCGGGGUGUAACAGGUACAAAUGUUUGGUUUCCCUAUGAUCUGUAAAGAAGAAGAAACUCAACUUCCUAUCAGAGCACUGCAAGAGAAGAGCACUGCCCUCAGUGGGAGAUGAGGGUCAUUCUGACUUAGAGAAUGCCGCACAUGUGGGUUGCUGGUGCGUCCUGAAUCCACCGGCGUAAAGCACUCCCCAUUUUUCCUACUGUAACACAGAUUCUCCAGCUCAAGGUCUAGAAUAUUUGAUCCUAAGAUCAAGACAUCAUGCUCUUUGAAUAGUACUGCUCUUUGACUUCUGGAGUCAUAUUAACAUACAACUCUCCUUUAUUCCUUCACAAACCUCAGGAUUGAGCAAGGGCUUUGUAAUGUUUUUUGGUUCAAAUUAUUGACCUGGGAGCAAGGUGCUAAUUCUAUGGCCAGUAUUCAACGUUUUCCUCAGUGGAGCUUUUGCUUUGGGCCGUAUUCGCCAUCCAGUACGUUUCUGCAAUAUGUAGUGGUGGUUUUCCUUAACUUCCUCCCAAAAUUAUUUGCCUCCUUUAAAUAGGUUUUCUUAGAGGGUACGCUGGUCAGGCAGUUUUUAAAAUAUUAGAUCCCAAGAAAUCUAUUCCAUUUGCAUUGGACUUUUCAGAGUCCAGCAGGACUAAAUCAAACUCUGACGUGACAGGAUUGUGGCUUAUCUACAUAUUUCAUCCAUCCACUUUUUCUGGUAACUCAGUUUGAAAUUUCAGUGUCUGUCUUCCCUUGGUUGACAUUGGUAUCAGCCUCUCCUUUGAGCUUAUUUUAACUCUUGAGCAACAUCAUGUAGAUUUCAUAUGAACAGUUUAUACUAAAGGGCAGCCUGUGCCUAUUUACAGAUCCUCCCUGACUUUGUACUUGAAGAGUGCAUUUUACAUUUCCAGCACUUUCACAAACAGGAACUCCAACCUUAUGACGGAGAAUUAAGCUUUCUUGUAUUUCCACUUUGUGGAUGAGGAAA